AGGGGAAUUUCAGGCAGAAAAAAGGGUCAUAAAUAAGAAUCAGCUGCAGGGCUCACAUUCCCAGCGUCACAUCACUCACACCCUGCAUUUCACCCUUGCAUCCCAGUGGCCCUGCAGCCUCACACAGAUCCUGCACACCGGAGACCACUGGUGCUCACAAUUUGCUGUUGGCCUGCCUCUGUUCACCCUCCAUGGCACUACUACUGACCCUCAGCCUGCUGGUUCUCUGGACUUCCCCAGCCCCAACUCUGAGUGGCACCAACGAUGCUGAAGACUGCUGUCUGUCUGUGACCCAGAACCCCAUCCCAGGGUAUAUCAUCAGGAACUUCCGCUAUCUUCUCAUCAAGGAUGGCUGCAGGGUGCCCGCUGUGGUGUUCACCACAGUGAGGGGUCGCCAGCUCUGUGCACCCCUAGACCAGCCCUGGGUAGAACGCAUCAUCCGGAGACUGCAGAGGACCUCAGCCAAGAUGAAGCACCGCAGCAGUUAAGCCAUGACAGCACCAGAGAGAGCCUGGAGUCUGAGUGAAGCAUUGUGAAUUAUUCCCUAACCUGGGGGAACCAAAGACCAGAAGGAAGCACCAGGCCUCCAGCUCCUCUGCACCAGACCUGACCAUCCAGGGCAGGGCCUGGGGUGUGUGUGAGUGUGAAUGUGAGCAAGAGGGUGAGUGUGGGCAAAGCUACUCCACCCCCAGACUGCAAUGCUACCAAUAAAGCCACCUGGUGUUUACAAUUAAUUGAUCACAA